AUGGGCACCUACCAUUGGUAUGGAGAUAUAUUGAAAACACAUGUAAAAACCCAGUUCUUGUCACCAGGAAUCACAUACACGGUGAACCUUGUGUUCAAGUUUCAGGAGAACCCGAACCGAGAGUAUAAGAGUUUUGAACCUAUUUUAGUUAAAUACAAAUUAGAAGGCGAGGGAGAGAGAAAGGGUUCAAUUUCAUACCUUGCAUAUGAGAGAGAAGAUGGAUGGUGGGCAUGUGAAUUGUAUCAGUUAACUUGUGACUACAAAAUUGUUCAUUUUCAGAUUUUGUUUGAGGGCUUCCAUAAUUAUUCUGACAUAUUAGUAGAAGGCAUUGAAUUUCAGCCCUUGGAGAACGUGGAACAUGUAGAUGACAAGCAACCCAUAUCACAUUCAGAUUCAGAUGCAAAUUGGGAAGAAAAAUUGCCAACUAAUUAUGAAGACAUAAUGAAGUUGUCGAAAAAGGGGAUUUUUGAUUAUUUUCCAUGGACAGCGAACAAGAAGAAGAAGAAAGCAUACUCAAUUCUUUGCAAAGGGUUCUUAACUAAUGAUGGCAUGAUGGUAAGUUUGAUAGCAACAAUUUCAUACUUCCAUUACUGAAUUGCAAAUCCAUUUAUCUUUAUGUAUUGAAUUAUAUAUGAACAUGGUUCCACCAGAGGGGAAAAUUAUAUAUUGAAUUGCUAAACAUAUCUA